AUCGCCAGUCUGUGUUGAGUUGCUGCCUCAGAAAGGUGCGCCGGAUUGUUUUCCUUCACGUUCUUUCGUGAAUAAGCCUUCCUUCUGAGAGGAGCACUGAAUAGUAAAUACAUACUCGCGCCUCAGCUCGGCCUUCGCGCUGCCCUGAGAACGUCGUCAGUUCGUGCCGCGUGCGCUCUCGUUGGAACCCAGUUGCUGGUAACGUUCGCCACCUCCAAUCAAGUCCCCGUAAUCGUCAAGGCGUACAAUAUCUGCUUUUUGCUGUGAUUUUUGUUUCUGUACUAUUUCUUCAUUUGAUUGCUGGAACCAUUCGCGUAUAAAAACUCCCGGGCUUUGCGGAUAGUGCGUGCGCAAUUAUCAUACUUUGUUUGUAGCCUAUAUCUAGCGAUUCUCAAUUCGCAGUGUUUUAUCCUAGUGCUGAUUAUCGGUAACGCAAAGUUGUUUUCGUAUCACCUUAAUUCGAUCUACGUUCGUGAUGUGAAAAAAAAAGUUUUAAAAAAUUGUGCGAUAAUUUGGUGGCCGCAGCAUGUACAGAACCAAAACGGGAAGAUACAAAAUGUUUUAAUACAACGGAAAUUUGUACUUCAAUGAAAGCAACGAAAAGAGUAACGCACAGUUUGUUACACAAUCAAAAGCGAGAAGAAAAAUUAUCGAUUGGCAAAUGUUUACAGUUUUCGUUUCUCAUCUCAUCUUAGCUGAAUACUGAUUGGUGAAAAUCAUCUGCCCAGAAGUGUUAAUUAAGUGCUUAGCUCGUCUAGAAAUCACCGCUCACGGGAUGGAUCGCUCCAAGAUCGGCCUGGCCUUUUUGGUCGGACUUUGUAUCAUCGUCGUCAGUCAUGCAAAAGCAACCCAUAAUAUAAUAUGUACGGAGGAUCAAAUGCGCGUUCAUGUGGCUCUACCGGCGAAUGAUUCCAGUACUUCAAUUUAUCUGGACGGUAUGAAAGGUUAUCCGGAGCCCAAAUGUAAACCGUCCAUCAAAGACACCCUGGCAGAGUUUCGACUGUCAUUGACCAACGUAUACGAGUGUGGUGUGACGAGAGUUGUGAAUAAACUUACCGGCAAAAAAGUAUUUUAUCAUCGAAUUAUAAUUGAGGGUGAUCAAGAGUUUGGCAAGGAGAUUGUCAAUGUAAAAUGCACCACUAACGGACCACUCUACAACGUAACCCAUGGAAUUGUUAAACGGGACGUACUGCCGGCAGGAUUCCAAGAACCAGAGUACGUUGGGCUAAAAUUACAUCACGUUACAUUCGAAUUAACUUUUGUAAAUUUUUCUAGGGACCUGGAAAUUACUUCCAACAUAACAGGAAGUGCACCGGAGCCGUCGCUAAGCAUCGCUGUGCGUCAAGGUGAUCAGUUGGUUUCUGGUGACUUGAACGUGAGUCCAGGAACGAACCUUCAAAUGGAAAUAUUUUUGGAUAAAAACUCCGCUCCUAUCUACGGCCUCGGGGUAAAUUACAUGCAAGUUACGGAUACUUUGUCUCAGGAGGAAACAAUCAUCUUCAAUGGAUGUUCGGUCGAUCCAUAUUUAUUUGAAAACUUCAACACUGUUGAUGGAGACCUGUUGACGGCAAAGUUUCGUGCGUUCAAAUUCCCGGAGUCUACUUACGUACAGUUUCGUGGGACCGUUAAUGUGUGUGUAGAUCGCUGUAAAGGAGUAAGCUGUGGCAACGGACAAAUCGCUUACGGUCGCAAGCGACGUGAAAUCAGUCAAAGCUUGACUGACCCGAACAAAGUGUAUGAAGUGACCAUGACCACUUUCAUCAAAGUCAACUAUGACGAAAGUGCCGAUAAGAGUGCCGCCUCGGAUAUCGAUCAGAAAUUUCGACAGCUGAAACUGGCAAAUCAAAAACUAGCCAGAAAUAGCCGUGCAGGAAAUGUGUUCGAAAGUAUUCAUGUGUCUAAAACUGCCGAUCCAAGCUCUAGUGAAAAUGCAAAGGUGGAAGAAACCAUUUUAUUCACCAGAGAAAUCAUUAGCCAGCCUGAAGAAAAUAGGGGAAUGAGUAGUAGUAGCAGCCGAUUGAAUUUAGCAGCUAGUUUCGCAGUUUUCUCACUACUAUCUCUAAUCGUGAAAAAUAUUUUCCUCUAAACUAACGAUUUCCUACUAAUGAUCUCAGUGAGUAACCUUUUCAGAAAAUAUGCAAACACAUAGGCAAACACACAAGCGCAACUAACUGCCUGAACAUUAAUUGAUAAUCUGACCCGACGAUGGCUCAAACUGAUACGCAAGAACUUGUAAAUAACUCGAUGUGCUAGAUCAUAAGAGAGAAAUGCGUACCGAGCAAGAAGUAAUGAAAUUGAAGGUUUUUAAUAUACUGGCGCAAAAUUUUAACGGCUUCAGAUUUUUAGUAGACUGUGUUUUUUAAAGCGAAUGAUUUUUACAAACAAAAUGUGAUUGAUUAAACUAUUGUACAGUUAUUCCGUGCUUCUACUAAUCGGCGAUUGAGGUAGUGUAGGUUGAAUUCAAACUAAAACUUUCAAUACAAUUCGGUAAACGAUAAGCAAUGUAAGUUAUACUAGUCUAAUAAAUUUAAAAUGGAAUUCAGCGAUGGCAGAGCUAGUGUAAAAUUGAAACGCGAAAUAAAAUUGAUCAAUAGAAUAAAAUAAAGCUAAGCGAAACAACGAAACCAUCGAUAAACGGGCCAUGUGUGAGAGUUGGAAUCUAACAAAAACUUACCUUUCUGGUGUCUUAGUACUGUUCAGUCUAACGUCUGCCUUACUUUAUCUAACGAUAGGAUGAUUUCCCGAUACUAAAUCCAACAACACGAAAGUUCGUCAUUCCACAGGUGGCCCGCUUAUUGCACGGUCUUAUAUAUGUAGUGACUAAGAAUAAUGUAAAAACAACUUAACUUACGACAAUAAAAUACUAACGAAA